CUUGUAAAACAUCAGUUCUGUUAUAUGCUACGUCCGGCUUUACCGAUCUGAAAACGUUCUCAUCAACAAAAAUUAUUAUCUGAAAAGUGUAGUAAAUGCUGCUGAAAUCGGGUAGCCGGUUAGAUUUGUCUGGGAACGCUUUGCAAAGAUAAAAAUCUAAAUUGUUACCUAUUAUAUUAUCAGUAACUGCCACUAAAACUAGGAAUUUCAUUAUAUAAUGGAGGAUUUAUCAACCGCGGACGAAGACUUUGGAACUAAUUUGACAACUUCUAAAGAGGAAAAACAGGCCGCACAAGGAAACAUGCUACAUGAUAUGAUUAAGCCUCUUCCCGAUGAAACUGCACCUAGAAUAGCCGAGUAUUUGGGAUCGUUUCCCGUCACUGGCCGAACACCGGAAGAACGGGCCACCUACGUCGGGAAGCAAUUGGAAUUGAUAUCGAAAGGUGAACCAGCAAAGUUGAAGAUGGUUUGCAUUGCCAUGACAUUGGGUGGUGUGAAGAUAUGUGAUCCUACAAUGAAGGAAACGUAUAUGUCGCAUGCAUUGCGAAGGAUAUCAUACACGACUUGCGUUCCCCAAGAACAUAUUCUGGCUUUCGUGUCGAGGAAUCCAGGCGAACCUCUAACGAACCAAUAUUGUCAUACAUUUAGAACAGAACAUGCUUCUGAAAUCAAUUCUAUAAUCGGAGGGGCAUUUCUCACUGCCUACACAUUGAAACGGCGAAAGAAAAAACGUCUUUCACUUGAAAUUACAUCACCAGACGAUGCGGGGUUCGAAAGCAACACCUCAGGAAAUACAAAUGAAUCGGAAAAUACUUGUAACGAACCAUCAUCACCAAGUCGCUCCUUCAAAACAUCACAAACAAAAUGUAGUGGCAGUGAUAUAAGUUACGAUGAGAACAAGGAAUUUAUGAAAAAUAAACCACGUGAUGCAUUGUCACAACUUGAAAGUCGUGUAUUUGCUGCAGUAAAUGAACGAGCACAAUCACGAGAGAGAACAGAGAGCGAUGCGGUCAACAGCAGAAGAUCGCCACCUGAUAGGUCUAUGCACCGGAUAAAAAAUACAAGAAGGCCAAUAUCCUAUCACGAGUCUUCAAAUUUGUCAAGAAAAGCAGGCAUUAAACAACUACUUCGUCAACAAGAUUCAUAUCACGACUCAGCACCAAAUAACGAUGAAUCAGGGGAUUUCAAUAUUUCAAAUCUUCGAAUUUUACAUACUUCAGAUACCCCAUCAAUUCGUAUAAACGAUGAAGAUGAUUUGAGUUCGAAUAUAUCCAGACAGGACAAAAGUAUGAGUUUAGGCCAAGGUGCUCGAAACACGAAAUUAUCUGAAUCAUACGCCAGGCUGAAAGAAGGCGACCGGCGACCGGGAGGAGAUUUGGAUACAAUUAAAAGCAGUAAAGCUGGUGGUGGUGGUUGUUCCCCGGCACAAGCAUUAAGCGGAUUUCUUCCUUUCCGACUGGGAAAAAAGAAAAAGAAGAAAUAUACUCGAAGCAAAACGGAAAGUGUACUCGUUGCAGACAGAACAUUUGAUAGACUUUGGAGCCCUCGUCAACGUUUGAACACUAGCGAUAAUAACGUGCCUUUCCAUCAAAGAACAGAAAUUAUUCCAACGAGUUCUAUGCUAAACAUAGGUUUGCAACCAACAGAUUCUAGAAUUCGACGUAGCUUAGCAGAGAAUUAUCCUAUCGACGAAGGAGCGACCUGGGAAAAUCGGCAGUUCUCUGAUGAUAAUUAUUCUUUAUCAGAGUCGCCAAGUAGGCAACGAUUAAAUUUACGCUCGCCUGUACAACUGCUUAGUGAAACCAUAGGUAGCGGUACCACGUCUUCAUCCAGUUGUCCAUCGUCUAAUUAUUCAAACGAGACUGCUUGUGAGGAUUCUGGAAUGUACACUCAAUCAAGUAAUGCUAGCUCCAGCAGUUCAGGGAGUUGCAGUAAGAAGAGUACACGUUCAUCCAAUACCGACAGCUUACAGAGCGGAUCAGAUGUUUGGUUCCCGAAACAUUCAACAAGUCUAGUGGACACGAUUGCCGAAUUAGAUUCUCCAAAGUAUAAAGAUGGAAGACUUCGAAGAUCGUUUGCUGCGCAGAUGAUUUCGGCGGAUAAUUUUGUUAGUUUGGAUUCAAAACUGAUGAAUGCUGCCUGGUAUCAUCCCGCAUUACCCAUAGAUGUAGCGAUGGGUAUUCUCCGAACGGAACAGGACGGAUCAUUUUUACUUAUUCGACCAAUCCGCAAGGGGGCAUCAUACACCCUUGUUGUCAGCUGUCGCGGUUCAUGCAAACUCUUCAACAUAAAUAAGAUUGAAAAAGUCGGAUAUCACAUAGAGGGACGAAAUCAGUUUUUUCCUCAUGUUUACAUUCUGAUAGCACAAUACUCCUGUCACCCUGGACCUUUACCGUUCAAGCUGAAGACAAUGCAACUUUUCAAUCCACUUUGCAAGGAUAAAGUCGAACAAUAAUGUGUUUUAAUAUUUCUGUUAAAAUGUUUAUUUAAAUUUUAAAUUAUGUUCCUUAUUCGAUUAAUGAUGUUUCUCGUUCUCGCUCGCACACUCACUCAUGAGAAAUCUCAUGCAUAUACUCACCCACAACAUCUCUACUGUUCAUCAUUGCUAAAGUACGACAAGACUUGGUUAAAAUAUUUGACCCAGAACAAUGGUUAUUGAUGGAUCUGCAGCGAAACUUGCUCUAUCUAUGACUCACACUCGAUAAUCAAUAACUGACAAGAACAGUGAAGUAUUAAAGGACAAAACAUGUGAUUUAUAUUGAUCAGUGCUUUUAAUAAUACACGACAAGAUAAAAUUAUGUUCUUUUGCGAUAUUUUUGCAGUGUUCUUUUCAUUGAAUUGUCAGACUUUAUUUCGACGCACCUUAUAUCAUUUUAUUUUUAUCUGAUUUGAGUUUGAAUAAAUAUUUUACUUGAAAAUAUA